AUGGAAACAAAUAUGAAUUUACCUCCCAUAAGAGAUCUAUUGUUUACAACGACAGAGCCGUUGACGUCAUUUACGGAAAGGCAGACUUCGAACCCUACAUUACAACAAAAUGGUAUUCAUCAUCAAAUGGCAUAUAGUUCGAACUACGGCAUGAGUCCCAGAUAUCUAAACCCUAGUUACAAUUCAACACUCAUGGAUCCUACAUAUAAAAUUUUAAUCCCACCACUUACAUCACCAGAAAUACAUGCAUUUAACCCAAGUAGUACACCAUUUGUUAGAUCGUACUCUAGUCUAUCGUCAGGUUUCUCAGAGGCGUCUCUUUUAAAACUUCGUCAAAGUUCAAUAUCUGGUCAAGCAAACAUUAAGAAAGAUUAUGUCACCACAAAACAAACUUAUGAAAUGGAACCUUUGAGUAUACAAAGACCGCUAAUUAAAAGUUCAAUGGAAUUCAGUAGUUUUCCAAAUAAAAAUGAAGGUCUUCCCUCCCCUCUAUUAGAUAAUAGUCAACUUUCUGUUAAGCUAGAAACCCCAUUAGUAGAAUCACCAAAAAAAAGUGACACUCUGAAUAAAUCUAAUCAACUUGAUCAUCUAAAUUCAGUUUUAUUAAAACGUUGCAGAUGUAGGAACUACACAAAGGCUGGAAAACACAUUCCAAGGCCUAGAAAUGCUUUUAUAUUAUUUAGGCAACAAAUGCAUGGCGAAAUGUUUGGUAAAUAUAAAAAUUUGUUAGUGUCUCAUGGAUCAUUCAAGACAAAUUCUAUAAUUUCUAAAGAAAUUGGUCAAAAAUGGAGAGCGUUAUCUGAUAAAGAGAAGGAACGUUGGCAUGAAUUGGCGAAAAAGGAAAAGGAGGAGCAUAAAUUGAAAUAUACCGAUUAUAAAUAUAUUCCAAGAAGGACAGAGACAUUUAAAAAUGCGACAAUAACAGAAAAUUUCCCCUCUGUUGAAUUCAAUAACUACAAAAAUAAAAUAAAGUCAAAGGUUGAUGAAUUAGGUAACAUCAAAACUAACGAUAAUGAUAAGGGUAGAGAUAGAAAACUGGAAGAAGGAAGAGAAUUAUGCGAGUAUUGCACUUUACGAAAGAAAGAUCUUGUGUCAAAUAAUAAUAUCAAUGCUUCCAAGAAAAAGAAAGUAAUCAAAAAAUCUCAAAUAAAAGAAGUGAAAACAAUCGAAGAAAUUCAAGCGUAA